AUGCUGCAGGUCAGCGACUCGGCGCAUUACUUGCAGCGCACGUUUCUCAGCGACGCGUCGAUGCGCGCCGCGGCGCUCGUCAGCGAUUGGAUGGAGGAGGCAGGCAUGUAUACGUGGAUGGACGCCGUUGGCAACGUGCACGGCCGCGUCGACGGACCGCACCCCGACGCGCCCGUGCUGCUGCUCGGCUCGCAUCUGGACACGGUUGUUGACGCGGGUCGCUUCGACGGCGCGCUGGGCGUGGUCACAGCCAUCGCAGCAGUCAAGCUCUUCCUCACAGCUUGCGGAUCAGCGGCGCUGCCUCGCCCCGUGGAGAUCAUCGCCUUCAGCGACGAGGAGGGCAUGCGGUUCCAGUCGACCUUCCUGGGCAGCAGAGCGGUCGCAGGGACGCUCUCGCCUACUAUGCUGCAGAUGAAGGACAGCCAAGGUGUGACUUUACAAGAAGCCAUUGCGUCACUUCCAGCAGCAGCUGUACCCACAACAAGAACCGCAGCAGCAGGAAAACGAGCAGCAGCAGAAGCAGAAGCAGCAGGUGGAAGGUCAAGAGGCCUCAGCAAGUCAGCAGACGGGCCAGCCGACGUGCGUACAGCUCGAUACCUCCCUGAGAACGUAUGGGGAUACGUGGAAGCACACUUAGAACAAGGCCCCGUGCUGGAAUCUCUAGGGGAACCGCUGGGGGUGGUGCUGGGGAUAGCAGGGCAGACGCGGGCGGAGGUGACUAUAGAGGGCGAGCAGGGGCACGCCGGGACUGUGCCUAUUCGGCUGAGGAGGGACGCUGUGGCUGGCGCUGCUGCUGCUGUGGUGGCUGUAGAGUCUCAGCAGCAGCAGCAGCAGCAGCAGCAGCAGCAGCAGAAGCAGCAGCAGCAGCAGCAGCAGCAGCAGCAGCAGCAGCAGCAGCAGCAGCAGCAGCAGCAGCAGCAGCAGCAGCAGCAGCAGCAGCAGAAGCAGCAGAAGCAGUGGGAGUGGGGCAGGGAGUCGGGCAGGGAGUGGGGCAGGGAGUGGGUUGGUGUGCACGGUGGGGAAGGUGGUGGCAUGGCCGGGGGAGAGCAACGUGAUAGCAGGCAGCGUGACGUUCACUCUGGACGUGCGGACGCGGAGCAACAGCGUGAGGCACGCUGCAGUAGAGGCGAUUGA